ACCUUCCACUCAUUCUGAGUUAAUUUCCAGCCUCGUUUUCUCUAUCUCUGCCAACACAUCAGCAUCGUCCACAUUCAUAUCAUAUAUUUUCUUUACAAAUGAGUACUCAGUCAUCAAUCAUCCCCUCAUAUAAAUUAUACCCAUCACCAUAAUUAGGAAGCCGUAUUUUGGCAAAGCAGAGAGAAAGAGAGCUCUCUCUGUAGGAAUAGGAUACUUAUUAUUAAACAUGGACAGUUUAUUGUGGAUUUUAUUAGCAAUCUUCUUGUCCUGCAGUAGUACCAUAAUAUUUCUGUACAGGAACAGCAGCUGGUUUAGUAAUAGUAUUAUGACGAUGGUGAUGAUGAUGAUCAAAUCAUCAUCAAUGUACGAGAAAACCUUACUUCCUUUAGGCGCUCUUGGAUGGCCCUUUAUCGGCGAAACCAUCGACUUCGUUUCCUGUGCUUACUCAGACCGCCCUGAAAGCUUCAUGGAUAAACGUCGUCGCAUGUAUGGGAAGGUGUUCAAGUCCCAUAUAUUUGGAAGUCCUACAAUAGUAUCAACAGAUGCAGAAGUGAGCAAAUUUAUACUACAAAGUGAUGCAAGGUUGUUUGUUCCUUCUUACCCGAAAUCUCUCACUGAGUUGAUGGGAAAAUCUUCAAUUUUGCUCAUCAAUGGGAGCUUACAAAGGAGAAUUCAUGGACUCAUAGGUGCCUUCUUCAAGUCACCUCAUCUCAAAGCUCAAAUCACUCGAGACAUGCAAAGUUAUGUUCAAGAAUCAAUGGAGAAAUGGAGAGAAGACCACCCCAUUUUCAUACAAGAUGAAACCAAGAAUAUAGCCUUUCAAGUGUUGGUCAAGGCAUUGAUUAGUUUGGAUCCUGGUGAAGAAAUGGAGUUGCUAAAAAAACAGUUCCAAGAAUUCAUUGCAGGGCUCAUGUCUUUACCUUUAAAAAACAUUCCUGGAAGCCAGCUUUAUCGAUCAUUACAGGCAAAGAAGAAAAUGGUGAAGUUAGUGCAAAAAAUUAUCCAAUCUAAGAGAGAUCAUGGGAUGAUUUCAAUGGUACCAAAAGAUUUAGUGCAAGUGUUGCUUAACGAUGCAAGCGAACAUUUAACAGAUGAUUUGAUAGCUGAUAAUAUGAUCGACAUGAUGAUACCUGGUGAAGAUUCAGUCCCAGUCCUUAUGACUCUUGCUGUUAAAUACCUUUCAGACUGCCCUCCUGCGCUACACCAAUUGACGGAGGAGAACAUGAAAUUGAAAAGUCUCAAAGCUCAGCAUGGGGAGCCACUGUGCUGGAGUGAUUAUUUAUCUCUACCCUUUACACAAACAGUGAUUACAGAAACCCUAAGAAUGGGGAACAUUAUAAUUGGGGUGAUGAGAAAGGCAAUGAAGGACAUAGAGAUUAAAGGGUAUUUGAUACCCAAAGGAUGGUGUGCUUUUGCAUACUUCAGAUCAGUUCAUCUUGAUGAAAACAACUAUGAGUGGCCUUACCAAUUCAAUCCAUGGAGGUGGCAAACUGUCACAUCACAGGACAAGGAUAUGAGCAAUAGUAGCUUCACUCCAUUCGGAGGAGGGCAAAGAUUAUGUCCUGGACUUGACUUGGCCAGACUGGAAGCUUCAAUUUUCUUGCACCACUUUGUCACCCAGUUUAGGUAUUGCAAUUAUGAACAUUUAGAAAACUGAAGCAUGACAUUUUUUUUUAAAAUUCUGGUUGGGUCCCAAAAUAUGUAAUAUUUUUUAUAUUAAGGUCGUUAGCUCUUCCUUUUAUUCUCCCUUAUCUCUUUUUUGUCUACGUCAACAUCAUGUACAAUAAGAGGUCUCUAGGUUAGUGGGUCUAGACAAUGAUUGUGUCCGCGGGCUCUUUGUAAGAACAAUAGUUGUCAAUUUAGCUCCGCGACAACUUUAGGGUAAGUCUAUUUUAAUAUCAGCAAUCUACAUUAAUUUUCUUAGAACGAUCAAUUUUCUCCCUCCCUUGAGUAAGAACAAUAUAUAUUUUGAAUACAAAUCAUAGUUGGAAUUGCAUAAUAUUAAAUAGGCUAUACCCAUCACCUUUAAGCAAGCAAAUUUAAUUGUCUGAUAAAUAAAAACAUAUACCAAGCACUC